AUGGGCUUCCUCAAGUCAAAGCCAGCCAAGAAGACGGCUGCACAGGCCGUCGGGUCUGACUUGCUCGCACUCAAGGUCCUGCCCGAAAACCCUGCACCAUGGUAUCGUACCAAGCACUUGCUUCUGCUGAACCUAACUCUAUUGGUUCCCAUGCUGUCGUCGGCUUCGGUCGGCUUCGAUGGUGCCAUGAUGAACGGUUUGCAGACCAUCAAGCAAUGGCGCGGUUACUUUGGUAGCCCUAGCCCAUCCGUGCUCGGAACGAUGAAUGCUGUGUAUCCCAUCGGCAAGAUCAUGGGCCUUAUUCCGACUACAUACCUGGCGGAUAAGUACGGCAGAAAAGUGCCCAUGUGGAUUGGGUUCUUCCUUCUCCUCAUCGGAGCUGCCCUCCAGGGCGCAAGUACUAGUCUGCCCAUGUUCAUCGUCUCACGAUGGCUUCUCGGUGCUGCUACUGCCUUCAUUGCGCAGCCGGCACCUAUUCUCGUGACCGAGCUUGCCUACCCGACCCAGCGAGGCAAGAUCUCGAGUCUCUAUAAUACCUUCUUUUUCUUCGGAGCAAUCUUAGCGGCUUGGUCAACCUAUGGCACAUUCCGACUGACCUCAACUUGGAGUUGGAGGAUUCCGUCUAUCUUGCAGGGAGCUCUUCCUGCGAUCCAGUUCGCUUUCUUCUACUUCGUGCCUGAGUCUCCCAGAUGGCUCAUUGCCCAUGGUAAAACCGAACAAGCCCGAGAGAUUCUCACCCGCUACCACGCCGGCGGCGAUGCGUCUUCGCCUCUCGUUGACUACGAGGUCAAGGAGAUCGAGGAAAACGUCCGUCUCGAGACCGAGGCGUUGCGCGAGUCUUCGUACCUCGAUCUCGUCAAGACGGCACCCAACCGUCGCCGUACGCUCAUUGCUGUCAUCACCGGUCUCGGAGCCCAGUGGUCUGGUUCUGGAGUUAUCUCUUACUACCUCACGCUGGUUCUCAACACCGUCGGAAUCACCGAGACCAAAGAUCAGGCCCUCAUCAACGGCCUGCUUCAGGUUUUCAACUGGUUUGCGGCCGUGUUUGCUGGCGCCAUGAUGGUUGACCGGAUUGGUCGCCGCAAGCUCUUCCUCAUUUCGACUGCUGGUAUGCUCGGAUGCUACAUCAUCUGGACCAUCCUCACCAGCGUCUUCACCAACACCAAGGACGAGCGAGCUGGCUACGCCGUGGUGGCUUUUAUUUUCAUCUACUACUUCUUCUACGAUAUCGCCUGGUCGCCCCUCCUGCUCUCAUACCCGGUCGAGAUCUUCCAGUACACUCUGCGUGGAAGGGGGUUGACAAUGUCCCUGGGAUCGACUUUCGUAGGUCUCAUUAUCGGACAGUUCUGUAACCCCAUUGGAAUGGCCAACUUGGGCUGGAAGUACUACAUCGUCUUUUGCGUCAUUUUGGCUCUCCUGUUGCUCUUGAUCUGGCUUCUCUUCCCUGAGACCAAGGGCCGUUCGCUUGAGCAGAUUGCCGAGGUGUUUGACGGCAAGAACCAUGCCUUUGGCAGCAGUGGCGUUAGGAGCGACAAGGUUGAUGACGAGUUUGUUGAAGUUGAGAAUGUUGCGGAUAGGAAGGCCUAA